UUCGUCGCGUCCCUCCGCGGUUCUCCAUCCCGCCCACCAACCACGAGGUGAUGCCGGGGGGUAGUUUAAACCUGACAUGUGUGGCCGUGGGAUCACCCAUGCCCUACGUCAAGUGGAUAAUGGGAGUUGUGGAACUCACCAAGGUCUUUACUUUUACUGUUUUGCUUUUACCUUUUUAAAAUGUUUCUUUGUUUUAUAAUAAUUUGUUAUUAUUGUUUUAUUAUGUAUAGCACCUCUGUAUGAAUUGUAUUGGAUUCAGUUUAAAGGGGGAAGCAUUGAAAUAUAUCACAUAGAACAGAUACCUUUUUUCAUACUUGCUUUCAAUGAUAAUGAAUGACAGAUCUAUAACUCACAUUUCUAUCUGAAAUAUGUCAGGUCGUACACAAAGCUACAUAAUGGACCGUUUAUAUUUUGAUUAUUCUUAUGAAGGAGGAUGAAAUGCCCAUCGGUCGUAAUGUUCUGGAGGUGACAAACAUCAAGGAGUCAGCCAACUACACCUGCGUGGCCAUUUCAUCUCUGGGCAUGAUCGAGGCUACCGCUCAGGUCACUGUGAAAGGUGAGAGGUCAAAGGAUACUGUGUAUGGGGGUGGAGAGGUGUGUUUGUGUGUUGAAGUAACAUUCAAGUUGUCCAAACUAAGACAUCUGGUUUACACAAACUUCAUACACACUAAUGAAGUUAUUUGAUUAGCUCAACCUCAUAUAAAGCUGUUUGAAGAGCGGAAAGAGCUGGCAUGAUUCACAUUAUGUACAUUAUCAUCAAACAGACUUCAUCAUCAUCAUCACAGCUUGUAGCGUAUGUGAGAACACACAGUUUCUGUCUGCGCACCAAAUGGCACUCUAUUCCCCAUAGGGCUCUGGUCAAAGUAGUGCUCUAUGUAGGGAAUAGGGUGCCAUUUGAGAUGCAGUCUUUGUCAUCACAGUCUGUCAGUCCCAUAACAGAUGACUCAUCAUGAGAUCCUUACAGGCUGUGUCCAAAAUGGCACCCUAUUCCCUACACUCAACCUUGAAGGUUGUUUUGGCUGUCUCCAUAGGACAACUCUUUGACGUAAGAGAACCCUUUGAAGACCCUUUUUGGUUGCAAGUAGAACCCUUUUGGUACCAUGUAGAACCCUUUCAUUCAGGUCCUCUAUACCAGGAGGUGUCAGAAGAAGGCCCCAUAAAUUGUCAAAGACUCCAGCCACCCAAGCCACAGACUGUUCUCUGCUUCCGCACAGUAAGCGGUACCAAUGCACCAACUCUGGAACCAACAGGACCCUGAACAGCUGCUACCCCAAAGCUAUAAGACUUCUAAACAAGACUGCUAAAUAGCUAAUCAAAUGGCUACCCAGAAUACCUGCAUUGACCCUUUUUUGCACUAACUCUCUUGCACUGUGUAUUUAUUCCUUGUGUCACUAUUUCUAUUUUUAUUUUAAAAAAUUAUCUUAUCUUUAACAUUGUUGGAAAUGGACCCGUAAGUAAGCAUUUCAUUGUUAGUCUACACCUGUUGUCUACGAAGCAAGUGACAAAUAUAAUUUGAUUUGAUUUGAUUCCACCUGAAACAAAAAAGGGUAAUCCUAUGGGGACAGCCGAAGAACCCUUUUGGAACAGUUUUUUCUGAGAGUGGUCAAAAGUAGUGCACUAAAUAGGGAAUAGGGUGCCAUUUGGGAUGCAUCAUGGACUUAGAGAAUGUUACCGUCAUUUAUAUUGUCAGGAGCGAUGCUGCUAGACAAUAUUAAAGACACAAGAUAGAAAGCCUAUUUUCUCCCUUUUUUUGAUAGGUCAUUUUCUUUAAAUGUGAUUGUCCACUUAUUUUGUAAUCUUCUCUGAUUGUCAAUAUGGCUAGGCUGUAUUGUAGUUGCUUUAGACAUCAAAACUCUCCAGUACUCAAUGAUUGCCUUGAUUUCAUUUCAUAUAACAUCUUUAUUUUAUUCUCUCUCUCUCUCUCUCUCUCUCUCUCUCUCUCUCUCUCUCUCUCUCUCUCUCUCUCUCUCUCUCUCUCUCUCUCUCUCUCUCUCUCUCUCUCUCUCUCUCUCUCUCUCUCUCUCUCUCUCUCUCUCUCUCUCUCUCUCUCUCUCUCUAUCCCCCCAUCCAGCCCUCCCCAAGCCCCCCACCUCCCUCAUCGUGAUGGAGACUACGGCCACCAGUGUGACCCUAACCUGGGACUCUGGUAACCCUGAG